AGUCUUCAAAGUGCUUCACCGACGACUGACAGGACCAUAACAAGACAGGUGGUGUCUGUGUGGGGGAUCAGAGCUGCAGCGAUGGCCCAGGUGAAGGUAGCAGGAGACGCAGUGAGGAGCCACCAGGUCUGUGCAGAGGUUUACUCUGAUAUGGCGACUGUCAGCUCCAGCGCAGAUAUAGGCGAGCCGGCGAGGAAGGGGUCACUGUGUGAGACCUCCAUGACUGUCGGCCUUGGCAGGCGCAGCAGAGCCUACCCCUCCCCGGCCAGGAGACGCCACCGCACCACCUUCAGCCACAAGCAGCUGGAGCAGCUGGAGGUGGCCUUUGGGCAAAACCAGUAUCCUGACAUCUACUACAGAGAGGAGCUGGCCCGCAUCACCAAGCUCAAUGAGGCUCGCAUACAGGUUUGGUUUCAGAACAGAAGAGCCAAGCAGCGGAAGCAGGAGCGGGCCUCGCAGAAAGCUCUCCCGGUGGGUGUGAUGCCAGGCCACAGGGCGCUGCUGGGGGGCAUGCACGUCCAGCAGUCCAUGGCUCGACAGUACUACACCCAGCCGCUGGCUCAUAUACCCCGUCUCUCCCCCAUGCUUCCCUCCGGGGCAUACUCCCGCCACCCGGGCCCGGUCAGCCAGUGCCCCUGCCCCAGCGUCCCGCCACCGCCAGCCACCCAGCGGCAGCACGAAGACUGGUACAGCCCGCUGAGGAGCAACCUCACCUCACCCAUGUUCUCCCUGGCCUCCAUUCAGCCUCUGGACGCUGCGUCUCACUGGAGCUAGGAAGCAACAGAAUCCAGUUUAAAAAGUCCAAUAAUACAUCAUUUUAAAUCUCUAUUCAGCUACAGAACACUGAGUGCUCCUUUUCAUCCACCACACUGUGAGUAAACACACAUUUAAGAGCAAAUUCUGGCCCCAAUGCUGGCUAAAACUGAUUGCUGAUUUCUGUUAUGAAUUUGCUCUCAAAUGUUCACAAAAGCACCUCUUUCUUCUCCCCAGAGUCUUUGUGUAACCUCACCAUUGGUAUCAUUUGUGCACAGAUUUUAUUUUGACACUCUGAACAGCCCUUUUCUUCACAUUCAGUCUGGUUUUCAAAGCAUUAUUGCUCCCAGACACAUGUAUCAAAAUAUACUUUCAACUAAGUAUUGUUCUCCUCAACAUCCACUGCUAAUAUUAAUACUGAGUGCACAUGUACUGUGCACCAUUUUACACAU